AGAAUGAGGAUCUAUGAGCUUGGUUCGUUGCCGCCGUUUUUGCUUGUUUUCGCCGGUAAAAUAGUUCCGGUUGAUCACCGGUGGAAUCAGCACGGGCUUGGUGGUGAUAAUUUUCGCGGGCUUUGUAGGGACUUGCAUCCAGGCCCGGUGAGUCUUUUGCAUUGGAGUGGGAAAGGUAAGCCGUGGGCCAGGCUUGAUGCUAACCGUCCUUGCCCAUUGGAUGUUUUGUGGGCUCCAUAUGACCUGCUUGAAACACCUUUCGCCUUUGAGGCGUAGCCCGUGGGCCGUUCCAUACUUUAUUAUAUUAAUCAAAAAUAUAAUUAAAAAAUUAUGUAUCUGAUCAAUUUUAACUUAAAUUAAGAUCAGAUAUAUUACUUUUUAAUUAUUAUAUUUACUUUAGAUUAAUACUCACAGUUUAAAAAAAAAUUAAAGUCAAUAAUCCCCAUUUUAGCUUUUGUAUUUGAUUGACGGACUUAGUUAUGAUGUACUCAGCUGAGCUGUGUGUAAUAUGGCGGCUUGUCGUUGGGGAGUUGGCGCUGGAGUCACUCAUGGCUUGGCUUGCUAUAUAUGACUAGUUAUAUCUUAUUGUACUGUACAGCAAGGUAGAUAAAUCGUGCCAUCGUGGUACUAUUUUGUGGCAAUGUGUAGUAAUUGUUAGCAUACAAAUACGUAAUGCUAGUAAUUAACAAUGAAUAGAAUGGAAGAUAUAUUUAUGUGUUAUAAUUAAUGAUUUCUAUUUUUCGAUUGUCA